AUGAAGGCCUCUCUGCCACAGGAUAACGAUGAUAGACCGUUCAGGUGUGAAAUCUGUAACAGAGGGUUCCAUCGAUUAGAGCACAAGAAAAGACACAUUAGAACGCACACUGGUGAAAAACCGCACAAAUGCAGUUUUCCCGGUUGUGGGAAAUCGUUCUCGAGAAGCGAUGAAUUGAAAAGACAUUUACGUACUCAUACCGGUACUUCACAACGUAAGACAAAGAAAACACCGUCCAAGCGUGUAGAAAAGGAUCGAAUACCGACUCCGGCACCAUCGACGGCGAAAAACAUUGUUAGUAGCACAAGUCCUGUAAAGCUGCCGCCUGUACCACUGGCGUUGCCGGUUACAAUGCCCCUCACACCGGUAUCUUCAAGACCGGUCAGUGCACAGAGUAGUGCGAUUUCAUUACCGACAUUAGCAACUCUAGAACAACCAGAGGAAAAAGUGGUGUUGCCACCUGUAAGCAAAAUGCUAAAACAGAUUGACGUCUUUAACACUGGGAAGUCGAUAUAG